UAGAGCUCAGCGAUUGAUUAAAAUGAAUUAAAGGGGGGCUUAGCCUGGCGUUUCCUGCCCAGUUAAGCAUAACAUGCAACACGUUAAGCGAGUUGCGCUAACAGAAUGGAGCUUGGGCUGAAAGAUGGAGGACGGAAUUGUUCUCUGUAGAAGGAUUCGUUGCUGCACUUUGACAAAUAAAACCCCUCGGUCCACAUGCAAAGAACUUUGGAGUUUCACAAACAAUUAGCGACUUUUAUGCAAGCGAGACAAACAGCUGGUUGCUGCAUUUGAAGUUAUAACGGGGCCUUACUGUCGAAACAUUUUUCAGUUUUUUAAGAGACGCCGUGCUCAGUUAAGUAUAUUUAAACUGCUGGGAACAAGCACGUAGCAGUCUACAUAUCAUGACGAUAUCGUGACCGCUUAACUGGCCUCAUUGCGUCCCACUUAAAACGCGCGUGUGAUAACCUUAGGAAACAUGCUCUAAUCAAACACCAUGUAUGUCAGCAAGCAAUGAGACAUAGGAAACCAUAAGUCAUGGCUCACGAACGAAGUGGUUCCAUGGAAAUAGAUUCCGAUGAGAUUGUAAAGUUAGAACCUCGCGCCUUCAGGCCCUUCAAAACCAAAGAUGAGUAUUUAUAUGCCAUGAAAGAGGAUUUGGCAGAGUGGUUUAAAACCCUCUACGAAGGUUUAGAAAUUCUGGUGGAUAAUUUCUUCGAAGUUUUGGACACUGGUGUUCUUCUGUGUAAACAUGCAAACAACGUGCAGCAGUACGCCAAGGAAUACGAGAAACAGCACCCCGGAUCUCCGAACUUUGCCAACGUGAAGUUUCCACGCGGGGAGGUCCAGUACCGAGAAAAUGUGAAACCAAAGUCAUUCCAAGCCCGUGAUAAUAUCUCUAACUUCAUCGCCUGGUGUCGGGGCCUGGGCAUCAUGGACGUACUGCUGUUUGAGACGGACGAUCUCGUACUGAGAAAAAACGAGAAGAGCGUGAUACUGUGUCUCCUGGAGGUGGCUCGUAAGGGGGCAAAGUUUGGUAUGCUGGCCCCCAUCUUGGUCCAGAUGGAGGAGGAGAUAGAGAUGGAGAUAGCAGGUGAAGAGCCAGAACCCUUCAGGCAGAUAAUUUACAAUGAUCAUAUGUCAUUGGACGAUAUGGUGAGCGCUGCUCUUAGCGUCUGCUCCUGUCCGUCUCAAUUUCCUAUGGUCCGUGUGUCUGAGGGAAAAUACAGAGUAGGGAACUCAAAAACACUCAUUUUUGUUAGGAUUCUCCGUAACCACGUCAUGGUUCGUGUUGGCGGUGGCUGGGAUACUCUACAGCACUACCUGGAUAAGCAUGACCCCUGCAGGUGCAAAUCUCUAGGCCACCGCAUACCGCCUCAGCCAUUACCGCCCAAGCGUCGCAGCUCUUCGCCCGUUCCGGGGCCACAGCUUUCCGUGUAUCAGCCUCGCCUCUCGAAUGGCGGCCCGUCUGCCACANGCCACCGCAUACCGCCUCAGCCAUUACCGCCUAAGCGUCGCAGCUCUUCGCCCGUUCCGGGGCCACAGCUUUCCGUGUAUCAGCCUCGCCUCUCGAAUGGCGGCCCGUCUGCCACAACUGUAAAUCAAAACCAAAGUUCUACAACCAGGCGGUCGUCUGCCACAACCAACCGUCCACAAACACCAACUCUACGUUCUAGUCAAACUACACUACGCGCACAAGAUAGGAAGUAUCGUAGCACCGAAAAUUUGCUGUCCGGUUUAUCGGGUAAAAACAAGCCUCAAGAUUCAAAAGGCAGAAACUUUCCAAAAUCAAUGUCGUCUGACAAAAUCGGACAACAACAACAAACUAGACGGCGCUCCGAUUCGGCAAAUCUGUCUAGACCGGAGUCUACGGAGGAUUUGAGGCCCCACAGAAGACUUGGGUCUGGUCCUUCGCCAAGGUCGAUGUCCCUCGCGCCUUCUGAACCCAACACACGGCGGUCUCCAUCUCGAGAAGAAGCUUCUCGCCAGAGAUCUCGCUCAGCCGCCACAGUGGAACGCAUGCGACCCUCCACGCCCACUUUCAGCUCAAGCAGGAUAAGAUACUCCCCACGGCCCAACGAAGAGGAAAGACUCAUCAUAUCAAGGAACUCCUCAGGAAGACAUAAUUUAUCAAGAAAAUCUGCAACGGAAUCUGAAGAACAAUCAUCGAAGAAAAGUUCGGACAUUAAGCGUAGUAUAAGCAGCAGCAACUUACUGGAAAAACAAAAAGCAGCAACCAGCAGAGAGGAAAGACCGCCAUCUAGAAUCCGCCCGUCCACGCCGCAACCAGUUAAGGCGUUGGCGCGCUCGCCCAGGGACGAAAGUGGCCAGGCAGAACUUUACAUUACGCGAAAUCAAAGCGGCUGCCACGAAAUAAAAAGAGACAUUCCAGACAAGCAGGAAAAUAAAACAACACCUAGACGUGGGUCUGCUUCUGGAAUGGGAAACGCGUCAACAUAUCGGUCAGGUCGCCAAACUCCAGUAUCCAUGGGCCAUAAAGACGGAAGUAGCAAUGUUGGACAAUCACAUGUACGAUCACGCACACCAACUCCAAUGGUAAGACAAAAUUCCUUGGAUCAAGAAGACACGCAAUCACAAGCAAAACCAGUUACCUCUCCUAGCACCAGUGAACCGGGGACGAUAUACCAACGUCGCUCUCGACCUAGCACCCCUGAACCCGCACAAAGACAGGGAAAACAACCGGUUACACCCAGGGGCAGUCUGCAGGGGCCUAUGGGAUUUGUGAAACGACCAGAAAGCGGAAGAAAAACUCCAACAUUUAGUAGAGAAAAUUCUGAAAACGAACUGACAGAGAUCAUGGCAAACGCUACUAAAGUAAACCAAGCCUCUCCUAGAACCAGUGAAUCAGGGCCAUUGAGUUCAAGAAGCACAGAUAAAACGCCAGUCUCCGGAAGAAGAACGCCAAAUCUUCGACGAGGGAACUCUGUUGAGAAAGAUCUGAAAGAUUUAGCAUCCCAGAGUAACAAGUCAUCGUUUUCCGCUUCAGGCACCGUCAAAUCGCCGCGUAGCAGGAGCUCCAGCAGGGAAAAUGUAGCUGAAAAUAACUUUGGGAGUUACGAUGGAAAAAAUUCUACUCGGAAGACUGCGGGUCGAAACAGUUUGAGCACGUACAAUUUUGGCAAGCCAUUAACACGUUCCCAAGAAAUAAAACUUGCGUGUUCGACAUUUAAUUCACAAAACAGCAGAAGGUCCCAUAGAAGAAGCCAGUCGAUUACUGACCCAUCAGAGCACGAUGAGAUAGUAGACGAGGCUCAAAGACAAUUAGAAAAAGACUACGAAGAAAUGGAAGCCCUGUUUCGAACCUACCGCGUCGAGGAAAGGGCUCAAUCUCGAAAUGGGGGCGCAGGGAUGACCCACUCGAGUUCUUGUAAUGAACUCUCUGCUUUAGAAGCUAGUGAUGAAAGAUAUGCAACUCAGAGAAACGAACUAUUAGAUUCCAAAGAAAAAGAAUUCCUCUCCAAACGGAACGCUUCUGUGGGUGAUUUAACAAACUUCUCCUUAAGUCCAAGGAUGGCCAGUUACUGUUUUAGUAUAGCGAAACCCAGGCGAGAUGAUCGAGGGGGGACCUCCUACACGGAUUCCGACCCCCGUCAGAACGAGGAUGGGGGCCGAAGGGAGGCUGCUGAGGUCGGAUUCGGGGGUGGAAAUUAACUGCGCAUCUUCAGAUACGUACUGUGAUGACAUGGAAACGAGACGAUCCACUGGGAGUGAUUCUGGGAUAGAGUUCAAGGCCUUCAGCCCGUCCGGUGACACUGUGACGCCAAGGAAAGAGAGAGAGUUUCAGAGGCAACAAGCGUCUCCAGCGCAGAGCCCAACAACGAAAGUCACAUACACCUUGAAUAUUUGAAUCGUGUCAUGCUUUAUUCCACAGACUUCGCUUGGAAUUGUUUUAUAUGCAGUGUUCUAAGAGAAAAUCAGGUCUAGUUUAUUUGUGAUUUUAUGGAGCAUUUACUGUAUGUCACUGGUCAUAGCUUUAGCUGGGCAUUGUUUCUGCAGCGCUAAAGUUUUAUCUGCCUGUAUAUUCAAUUUCAAAGUGGCCUAAUUUGUACAGUAUAAUUCAAUUCAUAGUUGAAAAUGAUCCGCUUGAUGUGAAACCAUACAUUCCAUGUUAAUUGUAAACCUUAUUUAUAAACCGGCCACUGACAAAAUUAUGUACAUAUGCAUAUGAGGUAAGGCACGGAUGAAGCUGAACUUGCUCAAUUUGUAAUUAUGUCUCACGGCAUCAAUAUUUGCAUUUUAACUUAUUGUGAUUUCUGAAUAGUAGCUGUAGUAGAACGAUUGUCCGUGAAUGGUGAUUAUAUUAUCUGAAACAGGAGAUUGUUCUGAAUACUAACUACAGCUAUUUUGGCUUGGUUGUAAAUUGUUGAUAUUAAAUCCAAGUCUGUUGAAUUAAGUCAGUGUAUUGCGAAAUCGAUAUCAUGCUAGAUUUUUCAUUUGAGACAUUCCAGUUAAUUAUUUAUUUAUUUAUGGCCACAUUUGAUGGUUGAAUUGUGCUUUUUUCUUUUUUGUUUGUUUGUUUAUUAACAGUAAAUGGUAUUUUGAACCAAGAAA